GGUGUCAAAUGUCAUUGUCAAAUAUAACGUCCCCUAAUUUUUACAUCAACCAAUAUAAAAUAAUCUUUUCGAAAAUCUUCAAUAAAUAUACAAAAUGGUAAAAGGGGAUCCUCCGCAAGAUGAUAAUUUGUUUAGGAGUAUUACUAGGAGCUUAUACGCCACUGUAGAUACCCCAGUUACGUGGUUUAGAGAAAAGAUUGUUGAACCAAAUCAGAAAAAAUAUCCUUGGUAUCAUCGGCAGUUCAGGCGUGUGCCUACAAUUGAUCAAUGCUACGAAGAUGACCCUGUUUGUGACUUUGAAGCAAACGCGCAGUUCAAACGAGACAGAGCUGUUGAUUCAGAAAUCCUCAGUAUUCUUCGAAUGCGCUAUGAAGACUGCAUGAUGUAUGAACAACCAGACCACCUUACUGUUUGCAAACCAUUCUGGGAGAGAUAUAAGAAUGCUGAGGAAGCAUGGUUCAUAAAAUAUGGCGACCUUGGUGCAUAUGCUGAUGCCAGAAAAGCUUUUAUGAAACAAAAGCAUCGCAUGGUUUGGGAAAGACGCAAUGGUCCUCUCUCUGACCAAACUAAGUAAUGUUCUAUAAAGCUACAAAGUAAACUGAAGUAUGAUGUAGUUGAAAAUAAUAUAAAUUUUAGCAUCUAA